UCCGUCCCCGUCCGUACGCAGUGAGGGAGCCCCCGCUGCUCCUCCUACUGAAGUGAACGUUCCGUACCGUGCCGUGGGUGUUGUGGAUGGGAUAUGGUUACGCUCCCGGUCAUCCCCGAUAGACCUGCGUGUCGGCGGUGAUGAGGAGACAAUGGCCAUCAACUUCUCGGCUUCCUUCGCCGCAUGCUUGGCCGCAGGUCUCAAGGUGCCCAGGCAGUUCAUGUACUGCAUCGCUCAAGAUACUGGAACGCCUUACGUGCUGUACAAGGAUGGGGUGGAGCGUGGCGGGGGCAUGCAGCUGCAAGGAGCCAUGCAGUGGGGAGGACCUCCACAGGAUUACAUCCAGCAGGGUUCUUCCAGCUCUGGGAGCCCACCUGUGUCUUUGGAGACCCCUCAGGAACAACCCUCUCUCAUCUCUCCUGUAGCUUCCCCCUACCCAGAACAUCAUCAACAGAGCUCUCUAACAUUACAAGUAAAUGGCACUGCACAACAAGAAGAUGAGGUCAACCAGUCUGUUGUCCAACAACAGAUUGUACAACCUCAACAGCAACAGACUCAGCAGCCCCAGCAGAUGCAGCAAACACCAUUACCUCAGCAACAGCAAACGGUGCAGGUCCAGCAACAAUCAGUACAAGUACAGCAACAAUCGGUACAAGUACAGCAGCAAGCGGUGCAAGUACAGCAGCAAGCGGUGCAAGCACAACAAUUGGCAGUCCAGCAGUUAGUUGUGCAGCCACAACAGCCUCAACAAACGGUGCAGCAAACGCAGCAAGAUCACUCACCCAACGGCCUCUUGGAGCCUGACAGACAAUGUUUUCCAAUGCAGACGGACAUGUCCCAGUACUACUCAAGACCACACAUGCUCAGUCCGGGAAGUUUCAUGUCAUAUCUCAAGCAGCCAGGGGUUAUGUUGACUCCUCUGAAUGCUGUUGAAGCCACCAGUGACUUUGCCAACAUGCCAGAUCUCAUCAACCAACAGGCAUCCAUGAACGGAAAACUGGCAAAGUCUGAACUGAGACUCUUCAAGUGUCUGACGUGCGGGAAAGACUUCAAGCAGAAAUCAACGCUCCUACAGCAUGAACGGAUCCACACGGACUCACGGCCUUAUGGUUGUACAGAGUGCGGCAAACGGUUCCGACAACAGUCCCACCUCACGCAACACCUCAGGAUACACGCCAACGAGAAGCCUUUUGCAUGUGUCUACUGUGAGCGAACCUUCCGGCAGCGGGCGAUCCUCAACCAGCAUCUUCGCAUCCAUUCGGGUGAGAAGCCCUUUGGAUGUCCCGAGUGCGGCAAGCGCUUCCGGCAGAAAGCCAUUCUGAAUCAGCACGUCCGCACUCACCAAGAUGUCAGUCCACACCUGGUGUACAAGAACGGGCAGCUGUGGCCACAAGACAUGCCGUUCCCAUCAGAGAAAGAGCAAGGCUACGAGAACAGUGAUAUCCAGUGUUUUUCCCCUGAUGGGCAGUUUCCAGCAUACUUCAAGGAUGCUAAAGGGAUGACACAUGGGGUGUUUGGCCAAGGGAAGAUGCUUCCUGAUGUAAUUCAGCAUGGUCGGAGUGCUGGCAUGCCGUUGUAUGUACGCUGCCCCAUCUGCCAAAAAGAGUUCAAGCAGAAGUCGACACUGCUGCAGCACGGGUGUAUCCACAUAGAAUCUCGGCCCUACCCGUGUGGGGAGUGUGGCAAGCGGUUCAGGCAACAAUCUCACCUAACACAACACCUGCGUAUCCACACCAACGAGAAGCCCUACACAUGCGUCUACUGCGGUCGUAACUUCCGGCAGCGCACCAUCCUUAACCAACAUGUCCGUAUCCACACGGGUGAGAAACCGUACAAAUGUUCCCAGUGCGGGAAGGACUUUCGGCAGAAAGCAAUCCUUGACCAGCAUACGAGGACACAUCAGGGUGACCGACCUUUCUGCUGUCCGAUGCCCAACUGCAGGCGGCGGUUCGCAACAGAUCAGGAAGUUAAGAGACAUAUUGAGAAUCACAUGAAUCCUCACGCGAGCAAACGUAGAGUCGAGGUUAAGCAUCGCGUGUCCUCUCCGAACAUUACUGUUAAUACGGUAGUGAAGCCUGAGCUUUACUUUCCACAGUGUUACACGACCGCGCCCAUGUUCAACCACCAGUACACCCCUUCCCCUCAGCUGCAGGACUUUAAGCCUCCUCCUUCCCUACCCCCUACUCCUACUGUCGUCCAAUGACUAAUAACUGACCCCGAUAUCAAGUCUUUCGAUGCUUUCCAGUGCUGGCCUGUUGAAAUAACUAAUAUGUAACUUUUUACUUGAGUUCCAUCAUCAUAAGGUCUUAAUAAAUUUCACUAUCGGUAUAAAGCAGUACUAAGUAAAGAAAUUUAAAGACCUUUUAAAACAUUAUAUUUAGCUCGUGGCACCAUUUGUUUAAAAAAUUCCAAGAAAAUCAAUCUAUAAUAUAUGUUUUCAACACACAUUUUUGGAUUACGCACUCCAAUGUCCUCAAUUUCAAUUGUUAAUUUGGUCUGAAAGAUCUAACAAAUAAUGUAAUAUUAAAGUGCUGUUUUACCACUUCAGGUGAAACUUUUGAAAAGAUGAAAUGAAUUAAUUUUCAAGUGUAAAAUAAUUUGUAAUUAUUCAGGAGUUCCACUAGCGUUCAAUGAGCUUUCUAUGUUUAUUUUACUACAGUUGUAUAAACAGACCAUCACUGGAAAAAACUCAUCGAAAGUAAUCAAACGAAGGACUCAUGUGAGGAGGUAGUGUUAGAAUAAUAGGGUGCUGGUGCACCUCGAGCAAUAUAAGAAAGUGUGAUAAAGAUGAUACCAUAUUUUAAAUGGUUUACUUUAAAAUAAGUUAGUGCCUGUGGGGUUGGGGCGACGACGCUUUCAUAAAUACGUAAAUGUCUGUAUCGACUGUCCGUAGUAUUUUAGCGUAAGGUAAAGACAAUGACACAGGGUUUGUUCACUUUCAGAAUCAAGGACACAUUUAUAGCUUUAACAGAAGGUAUACUAUUUUGUUUUAUAUAAUAAUUCACUCUAAGUGAAUCAAAAUAGUUUUAUUCGAGUUUUAUAUCCUUGCCAAUAUUUUAAAGUUGUUUUAGUUAUAAAUAACUAUUUUUAAAUGUUUAAACUUGUUAGUGUGUGGUGGUAGAUGUUUUGUUUUUCUUUGUAAAGUUUUAUGUUUCCGAGAUGUGCAAUAAUAUUAUUCUUGUGUUAAAUGGUUGGUUGAGUUAGUGCAUUUAAAAAAGUUAUUAUUACUUGUUAUUUUGUUUUAGUUAAUUCUCAUCUAUAAGAUUUAAGAUAUGCAUCUGACAAAAGGAGAACAACAUUAGAAAUAGAAUUUAAAUGAAAAUAGUGUAAUAUUUUUAUUUUAUUAAUUUACCCAUAUUUCAUUGAUAAAUGACAGUUCAAGUCAGUACAUCAAGAGGUAAUGUUAAUACACAUUAUUUCAUUUAGUAUUGAAAAAUAUUAAUUUUUGCUGCAUUAGAGUCUAGUAAAUUUUUUAGGGGAUGAUCCAAAAUAUAAGAUAAGUUGGUUGUUUACAAGUAUGUAGGAUAAAAGUGCAGCAGUAUCAUUAAAAAUAAUAAAAAUGUAUCUCUUUAAAAUGGAGUUGUAUUCUAAUAUUGGAGAAUAAUAAAAUACUAUCCUAGUUUUUUUUUGUCACAGUUGAUAUAUAAUUUUUGAAAGUUGAAUCAUGAUGGGCAUGUCUUAUCUAUUUAGAGUGCAUAUCACCACUCAGGUGCUGAGUUGCAAAACAUUGUGUUGACUAUUUUUUUAUAGGUAAUUUUAAAGCUGCCUUUGAAGUUCAUUGGCUUGUCUUUAGUUACUUAGUAAUUGAAGCGAUGACCCCUUUGCUUAGAUAUUCGUAAGAUAUAAUUAGAUCGAGGGAGAGGUAUUAUUUGUCAGUUUAUUCUCAAGAUUCAAAGUGCCUUAACUGGCUUUAGAACAUUGUUAAAUUAUUUUUUGUGAGUAAAAAAUUUCAUUAUGAGUUUACGGUUAUUAGAUGGGUUCACAAAAAAUAAGCAACAGUUCACUGGUGCGCCCUUUGUCUCACGGUAAUGAAUCGCCCACACAGCGUUCAAUUGCAAAGACUGUCCAAAACGUAACUUUAUACUGAGCUUAGUAAAAAGAACAGACCUUGCUAGUAUUUUGCUAGCUCUUUCAGUGGUAGUACUACACCUGGCUACAAGAUCGUGCUGUGGAAAAGAUUUUGUGUUUUAUUUUUUCUGUGAACUGAUAAGUACAUUGGUAUAGACUGUUUUGAAAACCUAAUUAAAUGCUUUGUUAUUGUUAUGUAACCAUAAAAUUUAAUGAGUUUUGAGGGAAGGAAAUUAUUUAAACUGAUACAAAAUCCCGCAAAACAAAAACUAAUAUUCAAGUGCAGUAUGUUGUUCUACUUUGUUUUACUGUGUAAUAUUCAAUUCUUUUAUAAGUUUACUAUGAAUUUUAUUGUUUUGUUAUAGUGCUAAUUACAACCAUUACCAAUAUAGUGCAAUUACAUUGCCACCACACACAUACCUAAAUGUUAUGUUCACUAGAAUGUCUAUGUUUUAGAGACAACAAAAUAAUAUUACCCUUGUACAUAAUUCUCCAUAUUUUAUUGUAAAUUCAAGUUUUAGACUGUUACUGUUUUACCUAAACGUAAACUACUUGUACAAAGCUCAAAAUACUAUUUUAGUUUUGAUAUUAUUAGUCUGGCGGUGUUAAUGUAAGAAUGUAAGAAUGAAGAAUGUUUCAUACCUGUUAGUGGGAUUUCACAUGCCUAUGUUACCAAAUGGAUAAACAUGCUUAAGUUUUUGUUUCAUACUAUGUAAUUUUCUUUCUCUAAAAAUAUCUCCAAGUGCAUUUCAAAUUUUUAUCACGUCAACAUCUUUGCCAAUGUAAGCAAAUGAAAAAAAGAAAAGAAAAGAAAUAUUUGCAGAUUCUGACUGCAUUACUGCCGUUUGGUUUUUGAGGAUAAAGUAACAUUUUCAGCACAAAUUUACCUUUUUGAGAUUACACUAAUUAGGAAACUAGAGUAAAAUAUUUUAUAAUUUUCCAUUUUUCACAAAAAUUCAGGUAUUUUAAAAUAUGUUUUAUUCAUUAUGUUUUUAAUUUCUAUACUAAUUUUAAAAAUUACAACUUUUUCAUACAAUCUUUAAUUAUUUUAAUCUCAUAUAAAGUAACAGUUUUAAAACACAGCAACAUCAAUUGAUUUGUUUUAGUAUAAAGGCAAGUAGGGGACACCCUUGCUCAUUUUGCAAUCCAAACCAGGUUUGAUACAUUUGCCUGAAUUAAUUAUUGCAUUACUCAGCGUUCAUGUUUAAGUUAAGGACAUUGAUUUCAUUUCUAGAUUUGUAACUAAACCCCAGUAGUAAUCUAAAGUUUCUCAGUUAACAAUUGUUUGAAUAAAUAGAAUCCUGAAUGUCCCCUUUUAAAUAUACUUUAUCAAAGAAUAAGUAGUGAUUUAUAGGAUAUAUUGAGGAUAAAUUAAAUGCAAUACUAUGCAUCAAGGCGCAUUUUACAGUUCACUUCGUCUUCAAAAUUGUUUUCAAGGAUGUUCUGUUAGUUUAACAUUUGAUUUGAUAAUAAUUUAAUACCAUCCCAUUAUUGAACAUUUCAUUUUCUAAUAAUAACUUUGGCUGUUUUGUGGAAGUGGUGUCAAAUUAUUUGUGUUUGAUGUAGAGUUAGAAACAAUUGUAAUUUUAAAAAGCCAUUCCUCGACUAAAAAUCAAAGUUAUAAUAAAAUAAUUUUUAAAUAUUAAUGAACCAAAUACAUCAUUCUUGUUUAAUUUUGUAAAGCUUAUUUUUGUUAAUCCAGCUUUACAAUCAUUUAAGCAUUAAAGCCUUAUAAUCAGCUUUAAAUCAUUACAAAACUGUGCAUUUUCUUGACUCUUUUGAAAGCUGUGUAUAAAGUUCUAAAGUUUUAUUUGUUUUAUGCAAAGGGGAGGGGAGGUAAAAAUAAAUAUUUUACCGUGUAAUCUUACAUGUGGAUGUAUAUGUCUUAAAAUUAUCCUUUUAUAUAUAUUUUUAUUUGAAAUGCACUUCUGAACCAAUUAUGUAGUACACUUUUAUGUGUAUUUUAGAAUUGUUUUAACAUUAAAAAAAUAUUCCUUCAUUGCUCUUGGUACUUGUUUUUGACAGGAAAGGCUCAUCCUCUUAAUUAAUUAUUGAAGUUCAAUUUUACUUUUCAAACAUUUAAAACAUUCCUAUGCUAUUUAAUAUUAUUUGACCUCAUUGUAAAGUUUGAAUUAAGUUUCGUGAAGACAAUGUAUUUAACCCUUUUAAGACCAGACUGAAAAUUCAGACACCAUUCUUAAAAGACCAGAUAGUUUGAGUGCCUUCAUAGCUUAAAAUACCGAGCUAUUUCACAUGAUUUUACAGUAUUAUGAAAAACUGCUUCAAUUCCUUUUAUAGUAGGUAUUUUAAUAAUGUGUUAAAAAUUUUAUAGCGCAUAAGUUUGGACAAAUUUGAUUGUCAAGAUAUUUUAUAUUUAAAGAUUACAUAAUUUAAAGAGUCAUGUAGAUAUAGCUUUAUAGAUAAAUAUUAAAAUUGAUUUAACUAUAUAUUUCUUUUAAUAAUGUUACUGUUGAAGACACUUUAUAAUCGUUAGCUAAUGAACUAAAAAUGUUAUGCUCAAUAAAAAAAAUAAUUAGUUACCAAAAAAUUUAUAAUUGGUUACAAACAUUUGUUAUUAAAAACUGAUGUUCUGUUUUUAGUAUAUAAAUCGGUAAUUUUAACAUCUUCACUGUGGCUCUAUACUGGGUGAUCAUGAAUAUUCUCACUAGCAUGUCCUAAUAUAUUUGCCACAGUCAAUUUGAUAAAAUUUAUAUAACAAUCAAGAUUAAAAAUUAUAUAAUGUUAAUAAAAACUAUUUGCAGCUACAAUAAAUUACUCUUAGGCCUACAUAAUGUAAGAAACCUUCUAGUUUAUAACUGUGUUCGCAACAGAAACUUCAUCAUAAUAUAAAAAAUAUGUUGCUAAAAUGUAGGGAAAUGUCAUUCAUCGUUUCUAAUAUUUAACAAAAUUGAAAUGAAUAAAGAAUCUGAGAGAUGAAGUCCUAGUCUUUUUCGCAUUACUAUGGACCAGGACCUGAUAGAUUGGACUUUGGUUUUAAAAGGGUUAAUUCAUUUUCCAAUGAGAUAUUUAGUUAUCACUUUUUAAUGUUGAAAUCCCUCUUUUACCAGUUAUUUCCAUGUUGUACUUAGUUCCCCGCCUAGAGUACUAUCGUCGGUACUAUACUCAAUGUUACGAUUGUGUUACGUUAAGUUUGUAAAAGUAAGUUAGUUAGUUAGUUGUUGAUGUAGGUUCUGUCUCGGCCACCAGAGUGUUAGGAUGUUGUAAAGUUGUGAUAUAUUUUUAUCUAACAAAUAUUGGUGCUUGGUUGAGUGUUUUUGGCACUGGAGUUUUGUAUGUAUAAUAAUGGCUUUUUUAGACAUUAUGGAUAGUUUAAAGAAAUUUCAUCUCCGAACGUAUUUUUGUUAUGAAAAGUGGCAAAAGGAUUUUUUUAUUUUACAUGUGAGGGGAUGAAAUACAUGAAUGAAUUUAUUACUUUGGAAAUAAUAUUAAGCUUACAAUCAGGCAUGAGGUACCGAAGACUGAAUCGAGCACCUAGUACUAGAUACUACUAAAAUGUACACAAUGUUAUUACAGGGAUAGGGUCAUGAUUUUAAUAAUGGAGGUUUUCUUGGGGGCUUAUAGAUAUCCACAUAGGAACAACCUUAGUAAAAACCAAUUAUUGUGAGUUAUAUCUAGUAUAAAUUGUCGGCUUGUAACUGUUUGCGUAAAGUGGAUUAAUUUUUCCAAUACCUUAUCUUUUCAAUUAUAUUUUUUUAUAUUCUUUCCCCAUAUAAGACUUUUUUGUCUUUAUUAUGUCAUUAUUAUAUUCACUUCUGGAAAGUGUAUAUUUUCCCUUGAUGGUGUAAAGUUCAUAAGUGUAUUGUUCUGUAUUGGAUCUCCGCCUAGUUGUAAAACCUCUCAUUUUUUUAAAAAACCUCUUCAAAUCUCAAGAAUAGUUACCUAGAUGCAAUUAAAUUUAUUUAUCUUAUGAAGUUAAAACCUUUGUCUUCAAUAAAUGUUUGUUAAAAAUUACAAAACAAAAAUUCUUUGUUAAAAAUUUAAUGGAGAAAUAUAUUGGUGUCUUCUGUAAAGAAUUGCUGCAAAGAAUUAUAUACAAAGAAAUAGUUUAUGAAUUUCAAGACCAGGUCUUGUUUAUUCUUAGAGCAAAGUAUAAGUGGUCAUUUAUACCUGGAUUAACUUAGAUUAAGGAUGGAAACCACCCCUCUCUUUCCCCAGCAGAGGACUGCUGUUGAGCAAGGUAUACUCUGUAAUAUUUAAUAUGGGGAUCAACUGCUUAUAUUCUCUAGUUAACUCCAUUUACGAUUUCUAAAAAUAGCAAAUGUUAAAAUAAAUGUUGUGUAUCUUAACUUCACUGAGCUUUCCUUUCACUGUGAUCUCUAUAGAGAAAUUGUAUCACAGGAAAAUGUAAUAAAGUGAGACAUCCGACUUUAUCAUGAUACAGGUCCCGGCACGCUGCUUAGGUCUUCUCCAGCAUCUUCUCUUUUCUUAUACUCUUUCUCUGACCUAUCCUCCAAUCACAAUACAGGUUUAGAGGGUCUCAUACUUCACUUGUCCCUUGUCCUACUUCUCCAUCUUCUGUCAUGUUUAUACUCUAAUAUCCUCCUUUAAAUACAUCCUUUGCCAUCUUUACUGUCUAUAUGUUACUCUGUCUUUUAUAACACCAGAAUGAAAAUUUUAUUUUAAAUUUGUAUGCUUGUCAUUACUCAGUCCUCUAUUACAUAAUUGUACUGCAAUUAAAAAAGCAAUUGUUCACUAAAAUUUAACCAACAGAUUCAUUGACUUAAAUUCAUUAAAAGUGUAGAAUCCGUCAAUCCUCUUGUUUUUGUUGUACUGUUAUUAGGAAUGAACAGAAAAUGAAUGGAGACUGAGACAAAAUUGAAUGUGUACCGUCAUGCCCUUGAAGAUAUAAUUUAAAAAAUGAAUAGGACAGAAUAUUAAAAUCUCUGUAGUUGUAAGCUUAAAUGUGCCAUGGUUAACGGACAGACUGAUGUUGUGAUGAGAAUUAUUCAUACUCUGGUGGCCAUUUUAUAUCCUGCCAUAUUUGUAAGCUGGCAAAGCAUGGAAUAUUUUAUUUAUUUCAUAAAAUGAUGUAUAAUUACUAUCAGACCUUUGAAAUAUGUAAACAUUUUACCUCUCAUUUAAUCUUCAACACUGAUGGUGUAGUCAGUGUUGUUUGGAUGUAAUUAUUGAAAUGAUGUACAUUUGAAUCAUGGAUUCCAGCAGAACUUUUUGAACAUUAAAGCAGGUUGCUUAGUUCUAUUACAUGUUAUUUAAAAUAGUACAGGUUUCAAACAGUUAUAAUUAUUGUCUGUUAGCUUUAGUCCUUUUGGGGCAAUCAACAUUUUUCUGGUACUAAUUUUUCAUACUUUAGAAAUAUCUAAUUUUUGAAAGGCAUGCUGAAGAAGACAAAGGUAAAAAUAAGAAAAAUACAAUAUUUAUGAAUGUUUAAAUUAAGUAUAAAUAAAACAUACAUUAGUUAUUUAUAUUAUAUUAUUCACAAUAAAUAUGUCUAAAACAUAACACAAUUUAAUAAUUAUUUGAUUGGGUACAAAUAUUUUUAAUCUUAUUUUUCUGUUUAUUUAAUUUUUUCAUUGUGGCUAACAAGCAAGAUUAUGCCGAUUGGCGUUUUCCACAUUCCGAUUGGUGCUAGAAAUCAAAAUUUGAUAUAAAAGCUAAAAAAAUUUGUUACAUUCAUUGUAAUAGCUAGAGCAAGAUAUUGAAUAAAUUUGACAGGUGUUACGUCAUGAAAAAAUAGAAGUGGCUUUUAACACUUCCAACAUAAAGUAUUUGUAAAAGAAUUGACAAUAAAAUGACACAUAGAAAAUUUAACUUUUUUAUUUUGACAUGAAUUGUGAAUGUAUUUAAACAAAAAGUGGAGAGGUAUCCUGCACAUCUACUUCGAUAACGCACUGUGAGGGCUAUAACUAGUCUGCUCUUCUUUAAAGGGUUAACAACAAUAGUGUCUCCUGUUUCUAAAAUCAAUUAAAAUGUGUUCAAUGAUACACUAAAGUAUUAAAAUAUUUCUUCUUGUAUGUUUUGACCCUAAAACUAUCCAAACAGUCCAUCAUGUUUUAUCAUGUGCACAUAUAUUUAGUGAUGUGCUUUUAUACAAAUUGAAUAGUUAUGAAUAUGCUUUAAUCCUAGAUCUGGUCAUCUAUUAUUUUGUGCUCACGCCUAUUUUGGUUAAUUUGUAAAGGUUCAUUCAGACUCCUUAAACCUUUGGAGUGUUAAUCGGUAAUAUAUUUGUCAAUAUGAUUGAUUUUACAAGGUCAUUGGUGAUAUUUUCAAUUAAUAGCAUGUACUGACUAAAAAGAUUGUAUAAAUCCAAAAUACCAGUCAAAUACACAUAAAAGUUAUAUUAGUCUAAAACUAAAGACAUAGUCAGUACAUUUAUACAUCUUUUAUUUCAUAAUCUGUCUAUUUCCAGAUAUCAUUAGUAUUUGAACUAAUGUAUCUAGAUGAUUGUCGAUACCAACUACUAUUAAUUUUUAUGCUUAAUAAAAUUCAUCUGUAACCUUUCUUUAAUUUUAAUACCUCUUUUUAGUUGUUUAAUUCAUUAACACAUAGAUAACAAAUUUAUUGGGAUUAAUAUUUCAGUUAAAUGCGUGAUAUGUAGUAAAACACUUAACACAUCGGCUAGAUUUUAGUUGAUGAUAAUAAUUAGUAUACAUAGUUGUAGUUGUUUUCAGAACAUAGAUUCUAAUUUGAUCUGGCAAUAUUGACAAUUUAGUGGUUUUUUUUAAUACUAUAGGUUAACUGUCAUGACUAUUGUAACAAUCCUCUGAUCCCACAUCAGAACCAAUGUAACAAUCUCUAUUUCACUAAUCGUAAAUUUGUUACAAGUUUUCACCUUCAUCUGAACUCAGUAUACAGUAAAUAAAUAAAACUACAAACAAACUGGUCCAAACUAAAGUAUGAACUGCCAUGAUAACCUAAACUGAUUUGUAGCAGCAGCAGAACUAUAGAUGGCAUCGUAAAUUGUGGAAAACGUCAACGCAUAAAACAUUGUCUUUGACACAGAUGGAUGUGCAAGUCUUUGAUACAUCAUACCAUGAUGCUGAAGAUCGCUUUCAGCAUGAGUGUGUUAAGGGAAGUAAUUGAAAUAAAGGCUUUGUGUUACAAAUAGUCCUUCGUGGACUGACGUUUUGAACAAUAUGAAAAAUAAAUCAAAUCAUGUUAAUCUAAUUUCUAUGGUAGGUAUAAAUAUAUCUCAUUUCAAAGUUCAUUAGACACUUUCUAAACACAAUUUAUGCUUUUCAAACUUGUAACAUUUAAGAAUCUUGAUUUUCAGUUAUGUCCAAAUUGUUUGUAUGAAAUAACCUCAAUAUAAUUUUGAAAUGUAUUUAUCAAACACUAACAAUGAACACAUUAAUUUAUAUAAAUAAUGAUGCUCACCUCUACUUCUAGUUUUGAAAUUUUCUUUCCAGAGGCAGGUGUUCAACCCUCAGAAUAAAAACCAAAACUCAGCCUAUAGAAUUAAUUAUUUUCAAAGAUUUUAUUAUUAGUUACUUUUACAUAAUAAUAAUAAUAUAGUACAUUAAUCAUUCACAAUGCCACUAAAAUGUUACUAUACUUUGUUAAUUGCUCUGCCAGCUUACUGUUUCUCCCUCCUCUAGAUUUAGUAUUACAGAGCGCAUUGUUGAGAUGUUUUGUUCUCAUUUUGAUAAAGUUACUAAAGUGUGUUAUUGUUGUAUAUACAAUUGAUUUAUAUAUUACAUUUAAUUUACCAUACAUAAAUAUUCAUUUAGUUUUAAUUUUUUAAAUGUUAGUAUUCUUUUUAGAUUUGAUCUCGAGAGAACACAUGUGUUUUUAUUCGUGUAUCUAGAAUCAAUAUUAAAAUAAUCCUCCAGUAUUCCUAAAUUUUGAAAUUAUCAAAUUAUUGUGGUUUUGAUUUCCAUUGUUGCCUUGAAAUCAUUUUGAUAUUCGAACCAUAACUCUAAUUCAACAUUGUAUAAAAUAAUCAUAAUCUUUAUUAUGAAUUUCCACAACAGUUAUAAAUAUAUAUAAAAUUCAACUUGGUUUAUAUGAAAUUAAAAGGUUUACAUCAAGUUACAUGCUUUUAAUUCCAAUGCAAUUUUAAAAUUCAGAUAUAUCUAUUAUUGGAUUGAAGAGAAAAUGUUUUAAAACAUUCUUAAUUACAUACUUGCUUUUAUAAUCAUAGCUGAUACAUCAUCAUGAAUUAAAAAUUAUCUCCUAAAUUUGGACAAAUCAAAAUAAAAUAGCAAUUUGAAGUUUUGUACAUUCCAAACUGCUUUAAUCAAUACAAUUUUAUAUGGAACAAUUUCGUCCCAUAACUAGAGUUCCGUUAGACAAUAACAGAUCAGUUUUUAUCCUUCAUAGCCCAUGAAUGACCUGGAGAUAAAUGCGAACUAGUCUACACACAGUGUCAAAGAUCUGGAAUACACAGACAUAGCAUAUAAUUUAUAAGUAUUCAAUAAAUGAAACAUUGAAAUAUUGUCUCGUUUUAUGGUUCUAAGUUGAUAUGACAACCUUAGAGAACCCUUUAAUUUCUCCAGGCAUCCAAAAUUCAAACACAUUGAGAACACUGUAUUCUAAGUGUAGGGUGUUAUUUGAUGAUAUUGAAUCCAUUAAAAAAUUAUUCAUUGCCUGUCAUUCUAACCUUUACUCAGACCGCCUGGUCUCAGGGAUAGCUUAUGUAUUGAAAAAGUUUUCUAUUAUCUUUCACAUGGAAUCUUGUUUCUAAACUUGUUUACAUUUAUUUCUAUUUGUUGUCAUUGAGAAUUACUCAUCCAUGCAUUGUAAAUUGUAAAAUUGCCUUUUCUCUCUACCACAGACGUCCACAUCUUCUCACUCUCCACCAUAUCAUCACACUUUAAUCUCAGAACUAUGCUAAAAGUCUGUGAAAAUUGUCAAAAAUUUAUGCCCUCCUGAGUAAUAUAGAUAUAACUGAUUGUUGUACACCAGAAGGGCAUUGAAACAUUACUAUGCAGCAUCUAAUAAGUUAGCCACCCUUUGUAUGCGCCGGUGUUAUAUUCUAUCAUGGGUGAUUAUUAAAAAUAAAAUAUUCUUAUUUGUAUUUCAUUAAACCUCAUCAUGGCAAGAACCCUCAUAUGUCAGUAUGUAAAUCACAACAAGUUCGUGUAACAUUGUGGUAACAAAAUAUUCAGUUCCUUGUGUUAUAUACAUUUACAAUAUUUCAAUUGACAAGUAUCAAUUUUAAAUAAAAUCAUUACUGAAAACAUUGUUAUUUUAAAUGUUAAUUUGUGUUUUCAAUUAGUUAAUUAUAUUUAUAGGUAAUUUAAUGCAAUGUGCUUGAUCAGAUGCUGUAUUCUACAUUCCUCUUAUGUAGAACAAAAUCUUUUCGAGUUUUUUCUGCUGGAUUUUGCUGUCUAUGAAACUUUAAAAUCUAGUUUUCUCUAAUUUAUAGAUUACUUAAAUACAAAAGUGAAAAUAUAAUAGUUUGGGAACAAAACCUUUGAGUUUUAAUUUUGUAUAAUAUCUUUACAUGACACAAUUUUUAGAUCAGAGUUUGUAGUUCUCACAAUAUGGCAAAAUAUGCUGUUUUUAUUAAAGAUGUUUUAUAAAAGAUGCAAAAGAUUUAUUACAACAGUGGAUUUGUUAUCAAUUGAUUUUUUUGGAAAAUAUUUAAUAUAAACUUAAAUGUUGUUACCAAAUCUGCAAUAAUUUGAUAUAUAUCAAGAAUUGAUAGGACUUAUGUUUGUUUUCAUAAAAUAUGGUACUAAAUGUUAUAUUAACUGAGAAGACAGAUAUUUUGCCUCCAUUUGGACACCAGAUUGUAAGGAAUAGAUUUUAACUGUAUAGAACCUUUGAUAGGAAAUAAAAAAUAAUAAAUAUUAUCAAUAAUGUAGUUACUGUUCCUACAAUACCAUACUGUAAUCAUUGUGCUCUCUGUAUUGAAUGGUUCGUGACCGACCAAGCAAGUGCAUUAUAUAAGUCUGCUGCCAUAAACUUAUGUUUUAUUGUCAAUUUAUCUCUAUACAGUUCUUGUAGCUGGUCUUAAAAAAACAAUUAAAAUUUCAUUGCCA